CAUUAGGGGUAGGGAUAUAUAAAGUUGAGUUUUUUCUUACCGAAGUUAGUCGGAUUUGAUCAGUGACGUCAAAAUGGGGUAUUUAUUAAAGUUUUUCAUAUUGGUAAUUUUAUCUUAUUCGUACGGACAUAAAAUUCAACCUAGGAGGGAUGAUGAGUAUCCCCCGAAAGAAAUGAUCAGAGCAAUAAUGACACUCCACAACAUUUGCGUAGCUAAAACUGGUGUUACCGAAGAGGCAAUAAAAGAAUUCAGUGAUGGAGAAAUUCAUGAGGACGAAGCACUUAAAUGUUACAUGAAUUGUUUGUUUCACGAGGCGGGACUGGUAAACGAUGAUGGUCAGGUGGAUUUGGAGAUGCUCUAUGCCAUGCUUCCGGACAACUUGAAGGAAAUCGCCUUGAAUAUGGGAAAACAGUGCAUGACACCCCAAGGUGAUAAUUUAUGUGAAAAGGCUUGGUGGUUCCAUCAGUGCUGGAAAAAAGCUGACCCCAAGCACUAUUUCUUGGUUUAGUGACAAAUAAAAAGUGUAAAUUGUGUAGUGGAAUCAAAGUAAUAAAUCAGUGAAAAACUGGGACA